AUGUACAGAAGGGGACACCAGACACCGUAUACCGACCAUCCCCCACCAAAAAUUACGAACCCUGAGAAUCCUUGGAAACCCAGAAAACCCAAGAAAAUAUCGGCCGCGAAGCGGCCGAAUUUUUUUCCAAAGUCCCCUUCUCUAGCUGCCCCCUGGGACCCUUCCCACCCUUUGCCCCAAGACCCCCGGUCUGUACAGUGCUACAUCUCUCCAGAGAGUCGAGACCCCCGUCGCCGCUGUAACACUACGUUGUCACAUCACUCCUCAACCCGGAGUCAUAUCACCAGCGCUCCGGUCAUAACACUCGCCGAGUUGCCACCCGGCCCGGCCAGCUUCAUACGACCAACCCUUAUCGGUGUUUCAGCCUACAUACAACGGCCUCUCCAACUUCCUCCCAUCACGCUUCCCACAAUAAACAUCGCACGAAGAACAAAUCAUCCGUUAAUGGCUAUCCAUCGUAUCUCUGUUCGUGGCACCGACCGCACGCAGCAAGUCCGUCGUCGUAUCUACGCAAGUCGAAUCGCUGCCAAUCUGUCAAGACUUCGCAGUUCUGAAAUUAACGAUGGGCAACGAGCACGAAGGCCCACAAACGAACCAAAUGACAAUGUCAUGGAUCAUCUGACUGGAUCGUUAGAUGUCUUUCAAGAUAAUGAACAAGAGGACCGACCAGACACCAAUGCAGACGAAGGUGGAGACGAGACUGAACAGGCCCCUGUAUGGGUUGACUUGAUUGAAGAACAGCCAGACGAGAUUGACGAUCUGAUUGCAGCCGACAAAGAGCGACAUCGUCAACAAGCGCGUGACUUUAAUUGGACUGUACUCAUCAACUACCUCCUGCCUGUUUACAUGCGGCUACGAAUAGUGACCAAAAAUUGGUCAUCUACUAAUAGUUAUGAUACCUUCUCUAGCUGCUUGACAACAUGUUCAAAGAAGUACAAUCGCUUGCAACGCAAGCAAGUCACCUUUUGUGAAUGCACUAUGGAUGGUGUUAGGCUUCUACAACAAGGAUACCUUGCUGGCUCACCAGUCAAGCCACAGACUGCUUUUUCGCUCCCGCUUCUCAUUUUCCACAACAGCCUCUGGAAUCACUGCCACAUAGGUGCACAGCCCUUCACAUUAGCCCUCAACGAUUGGCUUGAACCUCGAUCACAGAGAUUGUGUGCCCGAAAAGGAAAACAUCCCAGACAGCUCCGAAAACCAUUCUCAGCUGCAGUUGACAUGUUCCGACAGCUGGAAGAGAAACGGAAAAAGUCAAUCUUCUCGGUGUUGGGGCUCUCUAACCAGGAAGUAUUGGCUUCCUCAUCCUGCCCUGCUUGCUUUGGGCCACAGCCCCCUAAUUCGUCUGAUUAUACUGCCAACAUGCGCGAUCGGCUUAUAGUUUGUCUUGAUGGCAACUUCCAGCACCGUCACCAAAUCAAAGCUAGUCGCAAUCACGAAAAACUACGUACACCUCAAUUUUUCAUCAGCCAGGCAGAUGUCGAUAUUGUCUCACAAGAAAUUCGGCACCAAGAAGCUCAAGGAAUGACUCCUGAACAGGCUGAUCGUUGUACAGAAUCUCACAAGGCGGCGGACGACAAACGUAAUGAAUCAACAUGGAAAGGAUGUGACGACACUGGGCUAAUGGGAUGCUGCUGCCGACACGAUGCAGCUAUCUAUUUGACAAACAUAUACAAAUCUGGCGAGCAGAGGCACUUCCCGAUGACCAUAAUCAAGAAGCUUCUCUCCGACAUUGAGCCCAACCGUCAAGUUGGAGUAUUGUAUGAUAUAGGAUGUACAAUGGAUAAAUAUAUUGAUCGUCGCCAACUCAUACCACAAUAUCGAAGCCAACUUAAAUUUGGAACAUCAGUCUUCCAUGCCUAUGCCCACAACUGGCUCUGCCAACUUGAAUUUCAUCCUAGAUUCAAUAAAGGCUGGGGGUUGUCAGAUGGUGAAGGUCUUGAGAGGCUUUGGUCUUAUCUCUCCUCUCUUGUCAGCCCCUUAAGGUAUGCCACUCGCAAUCAUCGGUUGGCUGCUAUAUCACAUCGAGUAAAACAUCACAACAACAGAGGAAUCAAACAGCUUCCUUACUGGCUCCGGAGAAAGUUUCAUCAGGCCAUUAAACGGCGACAGGAAACUCAAUCAACUCUGACUACUCUUCUAAGCAAGCGGAACCCUCACGAACAGCUUGGCCAAAACUUCACAAUCGACUUCUUCAAGAAACAAUGGAAGGCCCAGCAGCAAUUCCACACAGAGCACACGGAAGCCGAGAUAGACCGUAGGAACAAACUUGUGGCACUCUACAAGCGAGAAGCAACUGUUGAGUACAUGAGGGAACGUUUACAGGGACCUGAAAUUUUCUUGGUCACUGUGGCUGAGGUUCGUGAGCUCAUGGACUCAAUAGUAGCACAGUCUGACUCAUUGGCAAGUGAAAUUGCUGAGCUCACUGGUCGAAUGGAGGGGGGAUCAAACAGAGAUUACGAGGAGGAGAAGCUCCGACUGCUUCUCUGGGAUGCCAAAUCCGAGCUGUUUGUGCAAGCCGUUCAUAUUCAUGCAGAGCGGCAACCUCUACUAAAUUCCCAUAUCAUGGGAUCACAUCUUGGCACCCAAGGAAAAGAGAACAUCAUUAAAGCACUGCAGAACCGACGCCCAGCCGUCAAGAAAAUAAUCGAUACGUUCAAUGGGCUAUACGAACAAUUCCAACAGAAGUACCCCGAGCAGCAUCUGUCGGACGCCCACGACCAUCCUCUCACAUACGAUGACUUUGUUGAAUGGGAAAUGGAUCACCCAUUUUGGAAUGAUGGUUUGUAUCACCAUAUGGAGGCCCCUUGGUCAAUCGACCCAGACGUCAAAACGGGUAUCAACUGCAUUCUAAUCCUUCGUCGUGUUCAAGAGGAGUUUGAGCUCAUUGCUCAGGAAUUGGCCAGGGCUGUUGGUUGGGCCAUUGCAACCCACUCACAACUAACUGAGACUAUUGCGCACAUCACAACACGUAUCAACCUUGUGAAAUCUGAUCCGAAUGUGGCUACUGAUCGAUUCGACGAUUUGUCUUUUGGAGUGGUCUCCCGGCUUGGUAAAUUGGAAUUGGUGCAGGAAGAGUUGAAGUUAUCUUUGAUUGAUCAUGGCAAGUUGAUCGAGGAUUGGAAUGAUCAGGUAAACUCCCUGUGGAGACAAUGCCAGCCAAGUGGUAACAGUGCUCAGUUUCAGCAAUGGACUGAAUUGAUUGACAAGGUCAAAGUUGAUCAAAGCACUGUGUUUCCCACUCUUUCAGCAUUCAGUCAACCUCAAAAUGAUGUUGAGGAUGCCCUUGAAGAAGCAAUAUUAGGUGUGGGUUUAGAUGAUGGAGAAGAUGCAGAUGAAGAGUGGAUGUCAGAAGGGGAGGAGAUUUCAUGAUGCCAUUUCACUAUUCCAGAGCAUCCUUUUUUGAAGCUUGUGGACUAUUUACUCCAAUUAGUGAUUUCCUCUGCUAGUUUGAUUCUCUUCCCUGAUUAGUCUCUGCUAGUUUUUCUCACUUGCUUGAUCAGUGUGUUGGUGUAACCCAGAACAGUUCCAUAGUUUUUUAAUUCUACCAUUUGACCAUCAUUGUCAAGAGAAGAUACUUAUAUUAAUUCACUGAGUUGGUAAAAAU